CGGGCGUGUCCGGCUGAGCCCCGGCGGCCCCCCGCCCCCCGCGCGCUCCGAGCUUCGGCCCCCGGCCGCGCCGCCUCGCGGAGCCCGAGUCCCCGAGACAAGAUGCUGCUGUCCAAGUUCGGCUCGCUGGCGCACAUCUGCAGCCCCAGCAGCAUGGACCACCUGCCCGUGAAGAUCCUGCAGCCCGCUAAAGCUGAGAAGGAGCCCUUUGAGAAGGUGUACCAGGUGGGCUCCGUCCUGGGCAGCGGUGGCUUCGGCACGGUUUACGCUGGGAGCCGCCUGGCCGACGGGCUGCCGGUCGCCGUGAAACAUGUGGUUAAGGAGCGAGUCACCGAGUGGGGCACGAUCGCCGGUGUGAUGGUGCCCUUGGAGAUUGUGCUUCUCAAGAAGGUGGGCUCUGGCUUCCGAGGCGUCAUCAAGAUGCUGGACUGGUACGAGAGGCCCGACGGCUACCUCAUCGUCAUGGAACGGCCCGAGUUGGUCAAGGACCUCUUUGAUUUUAUCACGGAGAAGGGGGCGCUGGACGAGGAUAUGGCCAGGGGCUUCUUUGGCCAGGUCCUGGAGGCCGUGCGCCACUGUUACGGCUGUGGGGUGGUCCACCGAGACAUCAAAGAUGAGAACCUGCUGGUGGAUCUGCGGUCCGGAGAGCUCAAGCUCAUCGACUUCGGCUCGGGUGCCCUGCUCAAGGACACAGUCUACACAGACUUUGACGGCACCAGAGUGUACAGCCCUCCAGAGUGGAUCCGGUACCACCGCUACCACGGCCGGUCGGCCACCGUGUGGUCCCUGGGCAUCCUUCUGUACGACAUGGUCUGCGGGGACAUCCCCUUUGAGCAAGAUGAGGAGAUCCUCCGAGGACGGCUCUACUUCAGAAGGAGAAUUUCCACCGAGUGCCAGCAACUCAUCAAAUGGUGUCUGUCCCUGCGGCCGUCAGACCGGCCCACCUUGGACCAGAUCUUCGACCACCCCUGGAUGCUACGCUCGGACGUGGGGAAAUCUGAGGACUGUGAUUUACGUCUCCGGACCAUCGACACAGACGUGUCCAGCACGAGCUCGAGCAAUGAGAGCCUGUGAAAGAGGGAGCCGGCAGAGCCCCCCACCGUGCCGCUCUUUGACCGGGGGCAGAUGGGCACACUGACCGGGCAGGGCUAGGAAACCCCUCCUCCUGUAGUCGAGUCCCCGUCGGAGGGGCUCAGGGUCCCCGGGUCUCCCCAGCCCCCUGCUGAUGGCCGCGGGGGGCCAGCACCUCUGAGCCCCGGGCAGGCAGUGGGCGCCGGGCCGCCCGCCUCUCCUCCGGGAGCAGCGAGCACGCGCGACCUCUAGAAUCCCGCGUUCAACUUCUUGGCUCUCAUAGAGCUGGGACUGAUUCCCUUGCUUCUGAGUGCCUUUCUGAUAGCUGCUUUAGUGGGGGACCGGGGCGGGGUGUUCCUGAGCUGCCUCUACCCAAAGAAGAAUCAGUUCAGGGUAGGGCCCGGCCGCGCUAACCUCCCUGGCCCCGCCUCCUCACGGCCUGGGCACCACCCUGGCGGGACCCGGUGGCCAGGGGAGGGCACGUGACCGCGAGCCCCUCCCUCGAUUCUUUGCUGCUCCCCUCCCUCUCCGGCAGUCUGCACUGAGGCCAGACUGGGCUAAGCCGCUUGGAUUUGGAAAUCAGGAAAGUCCACCCCGUUGGCUUCGGAUCAUCUCACCUCUGGGCGCGAAGCCCCCUGCCUGACGCCCCCUCCCCCUCAUCCGUUCAUCGGUCUGCCUAAGCCCCGCCUUCUCCCGGUCCCUGCCCUUCUGGCCACCCUCGAGUCUUAACGUGUGGAUGGGCCUGUUGGAGAGGAUGCACAGAUCAAUGCAACUAGCCAGGCCUGGCCCGGCCCCCGCCCCGCCCCCGUCCGCGUAUUUAUGUCCGGAGUCCCCUCGUGUAUGAUAGCGACCGUUUUUUAUUUAUUGUAUGACCAUUGAGGACAGCGGCCCGGCCUCUGCGGCCGGGCCUAUUUAUUGGGCUUAAUUUAUUGUCGAGAGUCGAUCCUGCGCCGAGCCGGCUCCACGGCGGCUCCCGCGAUCCUGAAUUCUUGCAUUCCUGUCCACUGUAUGUUUUCUAUCCGACUCCCUGUAUUUGUUGAAAGAUGGAAAAUUAUUGUACAAAGUCUAAUUUAAGGGGAAUAGAAUGUCUUUUCUAAGUGGGGCAGGCGGCGGGCCACUUGGCCCCCUGCCUGGUUUUGUGGCCCAUGCUGGGAAGGGGGGAGGGUCUGUCUCCACUGGGGUGGGGGGGAGGGUGGCAGUCAGCGGCCCCUUUAAUUUAUUUUACUCGCUGUGUUUGUAGCCAGGUCACUCCGAGUGUGACUUGGAAUUUGGGGUUUGUUCCUUCACUUGAACAGUGUGAAAUGUAUGGAGAUCAUAUUUUUUUAUACAGGUUAUUUCAAUUAAAAUUUUUUUUUUUUGUAUAUAACAA